UUUUUUUUUUUUUUUUUUUUUUUAAUUCAUCAUCAUCAUCUUUUUAUCGUUUUUUCAUCCUUCAUAUCAAUAUUAUACUCUUAAUACUAUAAUCUUUCCUUUCCUUAACUAUAAUCCAUUUAUCCUCUAAAUUUAAUAAGCAUUCUGACUACUACAAAUUUACGUGAGAAUGGUUCCUUAUUCAAAUGGUACAAGUGCCGAUAAAAGCUUUUUGCUAAGUCUCAACUCUGUCCGUGAACGAUGCUUUAAAGUACAAGAAGCCGCGAGUCGCAAUCGUUUGAAACACUUUGACGUUGAUCCAACAAAAUUAGAAGAAAUGAUUCAAUUUGUAGUACUGAUCAUCAAAAGAGAUUAUGAUACUCCUUCAGAAAUUCCACCUUACAGUCGAUGGCGUCAUUUUGAUGUUGGAGGUAGACCUCGUUUGAACAAUUUACUCCAGACCUGGGCGAGCCUAGGACAGGAUGCAUUGGAACAAACGAGAAAAUUAAUUGAUAUUUUGGUGAUUGCUUGUCUUAUGGAUAUAAAGCCUUGUCAAACUUGGACCUACACAGAAAAAUCAACAGGCAGAAUUUUCAAACGGAAAGACGGUAUUGCAGUAGCUAUUCUGGAUAUGUUUGUCAACGGUGUCUUCUCAUCUGAUCCAGCGCAACCUCAUCGAGUUGACUCUGAGGGCUUACGGGGACUUACAUUUGAAGCACUUUCUGACUGUCUUCAAUUUAGUGAUAGUAACUCUUUUGUCGGUAUUCAGGAAAGACACGCAGCCUUGCUUCACCUAGGACAUGUGCUACAGAAUUGUACCGACUAUUUUGGAGAAGCCAUCCAUCGACCUGGCAAUUUGAUGGAUUACUUAUUACGUCAUCCAACAACCAUUAAAACCAAAAAGGGACCCUUGAUCAGUAUCGAAACACUUUGGCCCGUUGUCUUGGAAAUGGGUGAAUUAUGGGCUGCUGAAGAAAAUGUUGGAGGUACACCUGGUCUAGGAGAUGUAUGGCCUUGUGCUGCUAUCGCUGGCUCCACCUCCUCAUUAUCAUCAACAGAUGAUCUCAAUAAGAACACAAUUACUUAUGUUGCCUUCCAUAAGCUUACACAAUGGAUCAUCUAUUCUAUUAUUGAACCCAUGGAAAAGCUACUGGGUGCCACUAUCGAGGGUACUGACUUAUUGACUCCACUUCCCGAUUACUGCAACGGCGGUUUCCUUAUUGAUACUGGUUUCCUUACAUUGAAGCCUGAAGAUCACGAACGUGGCAUAAAGAAUUACCAUGCAAAUUCUCUUUUACCUUAUCAGCCCAAAAUUGAGGUUGCUCCGAUGUUUGAAAUGUCGGACCCCGUUGUCACAGAAUGGCGUGCAUUGACUGUAGCCUAUCUGGAUAUUGUUGCUGAACGUGUUCGCCAAUCAUUAAGAUUAACCAAGAAGCAAUUAUCUCUUAGUCAGCUCAUACAAGGCGGUACUUGGAGUGCUGGCAGAGAACUAGCAGAAAUUUCAAGACCCAACACUCAUGAACCUCCUAUUGUCAUUAAGACGGAUAAAAGAGUAAUCUACUAAGUAUAGCAUUAUUACCUUCCUUUCUAUUUCACUGACAUGAUAAAUAGAAAGAAAUUAAUGUUUAAACAGACAUCAUUCCGUGUUUUUUAUCAUUUUUACAGUAUAUAUGUAAAUACACAUCAAAUCGCGUUUCUGUUUCUCUUUUUUUUUUUUUCUUUU